GGCGUCCCGGCGCCGGGUCCCGCCCCCACGCCGCCCGCCAGCCAGCCGGCCGCGCCCUCGCUCCGGAGCUGCACCUUCGGCGGCCCAGGGACAGCGUUCUUCUCCUGCCUUCCGUGCUCACCGGGCACUUUCAGACACUUAAAUGACCACGAAAGGAGGGAGAUGGAAACGUGCCAGUUCAACUCUAGACCAAACACCACCCCCAGACGGGCGAACACUCCAGAUUUAAAGAUAAAAAUGGCAUACCCUGAAGAUUUUCGAGGAUCCAGUAGAAUCCAUGCAAAGUGACAGUGACUUGUAAGGUGCUUGAACCAUGGUGUGUGCUCAACAAACGGUAGUUAUUUUUAAGAUCAUCCUCGUCCCAACCCUUUGAGGCUAGAGGCAACAUUGUUUCACGAGGUGCAGAGCCAGCAGGGCUCAGCGCGGGCAACAGAGCGCAAGGCUUGGAGCUACACGCAGAUCUGAUGCGGAACCAGCCCUCUGCAGAACAUUCCUUGGGAUAUGUUGGAAGACAGUGUUGACUGACGCUGCCACGUCUUUGGGGACGUAAGGCUGCUCUAGAUCCAGUACCUGCACAGGUCUGUUCCGGACUUGAUGUUGACAGGCCCAGAUUAUGUAAAGGAUCAUCUCCCUAAAGUUGCUCAGCAUACUUCCUAUAUAGGAGAAAAGCGUCCUGCAUUAGAAAAAACUGGAGAUCUCAGAUAUUUACAGAGGCCUGCCUCAAAGAGAAGCUUGCCAGCCAAAUAUAAACCUGAGUAUGUUGGUGAAAUUGGUUGGGGAAUACCAGUGUAUGAGUUUAUCAACAAAACAAGGCUCCAGACUGGCUUUCACGUUAAGACCAUGAGAACAACAAGCGAGGCACAUAUCACUGAUAGGCACUCUCUGUGCUGUGUUCAAAGCCACUCCGUGAAGAAUAGCGGGUUUGGAAGGAGAAGCAUCUCUACUGAUAGCUGGGGACACUGCCACUCCACAUGUCACCAGGCACCUCAGCCCCAGCCAAAUGUGGGCUUCCUCCUUGUGGCUUAUGAAGAGUUCAGUCAAGCUGCUGUUGAGAAACGAGGCCACAGAUACCAGAACCCAUGGCAACCAAAUCCUUCUAUUAUGGAUGCAGAAGACAGCUUCAGUCGUGGUUUUAUUGCCUGGCAUAUGGGUGAUUAUGAGGACACCAAUCAAAGAAACUCCAAAAGGGCCAUCCUCCUUCGGCAGAGCCAGGCAGCACUGCCAAGAGUUUCCAGACCACCUAAGCUACCAAAGCUACCAAAAGAGCAGGAGAAAAGCAGACUUCGGCCUCUAAAUCAGCAUGAUGCAAGAUGCUACUAGAAGGAAAAACUGCCUACAAAUGUAGAACAAGAAUCAGGUUAUAAUGUGCCACAGGUGGUGCCUUCUGUGUUACCCCUGAGAACACGGGUCCUACAAUUUAAAGCCCAAAUAAAGGUUUCAG